AUGACCUCGGCUGCGUCCCUCGACGGAGCACCAACAGGAGGAAGAGGAAGAGGAGGAGGAAGAGGAGGAGGAGGAACUGUUGUGUGUGGACGAAGCACCGGCGUGGUGUCUCUCCUCCUCUGUGCUUGUCUGAGCCUGGCGGGCUCGGUGGCGUCUUGCCCACCCAGCUGUCUCUGCGCCAGCGACAUUGUGUCCUGCAGCGGACGUGACUUGUCUGCCUUUCCCUCCGGCGUACCACGUCACGCCACGCUCCUGGACCUGAGCCACAACGCCCUCGGCGCCCUGCUGCGGCGCGGCCCGGGCGCGGAGACGUUCCACCGGCUCGCCACCCUGAUUCUGAGCCGGAACGUCGUCGAAGUCAUCGAGCGGGACGCCUUCGCCCUCACGCCGCACCUCCGCCACCUUGACCUCUCGUCCAACCGGCUGCAAAGCGUCAACGCGUCGGCCUUCGGCGGGCUGGAGAGGCUGGAGGUGCUGCUGCUCUUCAGCAACCAGAUCGUCCAGCUCAACGCGGGGGCCUUCGCCGGACUCCUCCGCCUGCAGAGGCUUUACCUUUCCGGGAACAAACUCACAGCCUUCCCGCUGGAGCCUUACCGAGGCGCCGGCGGGCCCGCUAACCUCACCUUCCUGGAUCUAUCGUCCAAUGGGAUUUCCCGCGUGCCCGUUGAAAGCCUGCUGUCUCUGACGUCAGCGCAGCAAAGCGGAGUUUAUUUGCAGGGAAACCCGCUGGUCUGUGACUGCGCUCUGCUGGCGCUGCUGGAGUUCUGGGCGUGGAAACAGUAUCGCCCCCUGGUGGAUUUCGGAGGCGAGUACCCAUGUGGACUGGGCGGAGAUGGCGGAGGGGAGGAGCCGAACUGCCCGGGCAGCUGGCAGGAAGCGUCGAACGAAUUCCUCGCGGGCGGGACUCACCAAAUAGAGCCAGGUGAUUGGCUGAACAUUCCGUGUCCAGGUUUAGUGGCUCCCCUACAGGGGGAGCCAGCAGUGUUCUGGGUGACCCCGCGGGGGGUGCUGCGGGCGUCAGCCAGCGACCCCAUGGACCGUCUCGCCGCCCUGCCCAAUGGUACUCUAGAGAUCCGAGGGGCACGCUUGGAAGACUUUGGAACGUAUGAGUGUGUGGUGGCCCGCGGGCACCGUUGGCGUCGCACCGGUGACUCGCCGGAGGUUCGAGUGCGGGUGGGGAACGCCAGUGUUGCCGGGAGCGAGAACUCAUCCCGCAGCGCCGAGCAUUUCAACACGGCCUUCACCACACUGGCCUCCUGCGUCGUCAGCAUCAUCUUGGUGCUGCUCUACCUCUACCUCACGCCCUGCCGCUGCUACAAAACCACGGGGGGUGGUGCAGCGGGGGGCUGCGGGGGGCGGGCGAUCCUCCUCUGCUCCGACCCGAGGGAGGUGGAUACCAAGGAGAGGCGUCCCAAUGGGAAGAGGGUGGCAUUUCUGGAGCCCGGGAUGGAAGACUCGGAGAAAUGUGGUCCAAAAGUGCCGCCGGUGAACUUGGCUCACACUGCCACAGAGGGAAUUCUGAAAAACGGGAGCCGGGCGGUGGUCCAGACCUCGACAGACCCCGCCCACAUGCUGUAG